GCACAAUUUAACACGCUUGGAACGGAGUGCGUUGUCCGUGUGCUAGGGUGUCCUCGAUGGGUAUUAUAGGAUGGCUUUGCAGAGGUGUUCGUGAUGGUGUUGCCGUGGCUGCUCGUUUUGGAGCUCGUACUUUACGCAGGCUGUUUCAUCUGUGGAAUAAUGUCCGCUGCUUCUCUGACAAUCACCCAGGGCCACUUUACAGGGCAGUGCAUUCUUUAUGGGUCUGUUGAGUACAACACAUCUGGCCUGAUCCUGGAGAACCCCAGCCAUCCUUCCCUCUGCUACUUUGUGUCAGCCAUCUCCGUGUCUGUGGCCAUCUACUGCUUCUGCCUCACCAUCUACUGGAUCUACACCAGCUGUGUGGAAGAGGAGGUCAAGAGGGAAAGACUGUGGCUGAAUGUGACUCUGGGGGUGUGUAUGAAGAUAUUGUUUUUCCUGGCGGUGUCAGGGUGUACCCUGAGGAUCGGCAGGGACCGCCUCUGUCUGUCUGCCCUCCACAACGUGCCAUCCAUAACCAGUUGUGAAGAAGCUGAGAAUAAAACCUGGGUCAGUCCCUACAAUGGAAGUCAGUUCUACACGGGAUUGUAUAAUGCAGAGAAGUCCGUGUGGGUGAACUUCUUCUUCUGGGUGCAGAUCGUGGUGGUGGUGUUUGUCCAGAAACGUCAGGGGUUAGGCUCAAGGUCAGAAUGGAGCGUGUCUGAAACAGAGCCCUUCUUCCACCGUCCUGUCUGACCCUACCGACCACACCAAGCCAGAUGGGUGCCAUAAUGGUUGUGUUCCUCUGCUCAGAUGUUGCUGACGAAUGCCAGAUCUUACAACACAUACAUAGGUAUUUUACGUAUCAGCUAAACCAAAUGUUUUAGCACGUUAUCACAGUUGAUGACGUGGCACACAACCAUUAGUUGAUGCAUGCAACGUCUGAGCAGGGCAACACGACCAAUGUGUCCUUGAAUACAGUUCCUUGCAUGCAACAACCUAGUUUUGUCCCAAGCUCAAGACAGGGAUAACAGUGGGUCAUAAAACCGGUUGUACUCAAUUAUUGGUAAUGUAAUUAGUUUCCACUGCAGUAUGAAAUAGUCUACCAUACACAUUUUACUUAAAUUGGCUGAAUUGGCCCCGACUCUGUCAUAUGGAUAAGUCCUUUUAUUAAAUAUAAAACUAAGAUUCCUUUUGAUAAAGCCACUCAGUACUGACAUUAAAGGCAUUACAACCUCUAAUUUAGGCCAGCAAUGGGGUGCCCUAACUACAAUGUGUUUUCCCUUUGGAAGAGUGGGAAUAGUACAAUUAACAUUGGAGGUAACUUCUUCCAUUUUUGUAUACUUAUCAGUUUAACCAAUUAGUUACACAAUUCAGUCACUUCCUGUUACGUAAAAUGACCUGCUCAAUGUAUACUGAUUGAUGUAACAGCUGUGAAAGUCAAACAUUUCCUGUGUUUUUCAUGUGUUUUUGUCAAAGCAAAAUCUGUCAUUACUAAAAUCUUUAUUGAUUAUGAAGUCAUUAUUAAUGAAGUACAGUUACAUUGUUACUAGUUAUUUUCUAGUACUGAAUAUGAGUUACAGUGGGAACAUUUUACGAGAAAAAGGUUUGCAAUAUUGUUCCAGAUUCACUCCAUCACAACCUUCAUAAAUGGCAUUAACUACAGUAAGUCUCCAUUCUCAACCACUGACACAUGAAAUAAAUGUUUUGUCAUA